AUGCGAGAUAGAGACAGGUUGGAGCUGAUCAGGCAAUCCCUCUGUAAGUUCAUUUAUUAUUCAUGUUUAGAGUUGCCAAUCGAUGUAAGGAUUUUCCUCCCUGACGUCAUUCGACCAAUAAUUUAGAUGAGGUGAUGGUGUCGUCCUUGGAAAUGAAGAAUGAGACGAUGGCAACUCUGAUAACGAGGAUGGGUGUUCUUCUAGCUGCAGGGUUGAAAUCGGGUAUACUUGUACGUCCACUCAACCAACAAUUUGCACUCUUAACUGCGGGAACUCUAUGCAAGAAUCUUUGGAAGAAUGAGACGAUGGUGGGCUUGUUGCUAGUGAUGGUUGCAGUUCAACUUGAACAGUAGAGGAAGGCUGGGAAUGUGACGGCAACUUCCCAACUAAUUGCACUCGGCUUUGAGGUAAUGGAAGAUUUGAUCCUGGAGAAGUAUGAGAUGACGGAGCUGAAGUAAAUGAAGAUGGAUGAGAUUCUAGCUGUCAAAUCGAAGCAGGUUGGGAGUGUUCAGGGUUUCCAAGCAAAUGCAACCUCAUCUGAAGCAAUGGAAGAGUUGAUCAAGAUGAGGAGUGAGAUGAUGGAGGUCUUAUAAAUGGAAAUGGAUGCUCAGAUAAAUGAAAAACUGAAACCGAUUGGGUAUGAGAAGGUUCUCCUUCUAAGUGUAAAAUAAAAGUUCGAAUUGAGUCAUCCGAACAAGCAAUAGGCAAAUCAGUGCAAAUGAGUAUUACAUUGGGAGUGUUAGCUUAUCUGGUGGUAUCUACAGUCCUUGGAACUGCUUUAGCUCCAAUGUGGGCGAUGAUAAACGCGAUGCAACUUAUCAACUACAUGGGCACAUUUAGUCUUUAUUUUCCAAAAUCUAUCAUGUCGAUGUUAUCAUUUGUUAAUAUUGCAAACAUGGAAAAUGAGUAUCUUGCAUCAAUGUACCAGGCCCAUCUAGACUCUAAUUUAUUGCAUAAUAGGACCUCCUGGGAUCAUAGGUUUGAGAAUCAAGGUAUAGAGAGUACUCACAUUCUUCAGAAUGGAGCAAGCAUAUUUGCAGGGAUCAUUCUUAUGGUUUGAUAUUAUACGAUAAUCGCUCUUCUUUGCUUCUGACUUGGAAAACACAAUAAACAAGUAAGACACUUAAGUUUGCUAAUUAUACAGGAAUCUAUUAAGGAUCUUAACUGUUGCAGAAGAGUGAUUUCUAAAUUUCGGAAAAGAGCUCAUGAAAUAAAGUCUGAGAUCUUAUUCAACUCAGCCUAUAAAAUAUUUGAAGAACUAUUCAUUGAUCUAUGCUUUAUAACUCUCUACCAUCUCAAGAACAUCAGAUGGGAAAAUUGGUUGGAUUAUUAUGGAAACUCAGUCGCAUUUGUAUGGACCUUAAUUAUUCUAUCUGUAAUCAUGUUUCUCCCGUUUUAUUAUGUCCUGUUCCCUAAAAUAUACUCUGCAGAGAGCAUCGCUAAGUUUAGACUAAAAGUUCUAAUCAACGAUUAUAAAGAAAAUAGAAAGAUUUGUAUGUGAAACAGCAUCUUGUUUAUUUUCAGACGUGCAGUCAUGGUCUGGAUAGUUAUACUUGGAUGGAACAACGGCUGGAAGCAAGUUAUUUUAUUCUCUUUAAUUUGUUUUAUCCUUAUCGUAUUUAAAAUUAUUGUCAAGCCUUAUAAGAAUACCAUUUUGAAUCUCCAAGACAUCCUGUUUGAGUUUAUAAUUCUGGGGCUCUCAUUAACAUUCAUGGAGUUUACCAAUAAAUCAACUGAGCUUGCAAAAACAGGGAGACCUCACUUAAUAGGUAUGAUUGGCUUUUGAUUAGUAAUCAUGUUAUGAGUGCUAAACUAUGUGUUUACUUUCACGAUCCUCGUCAAGCACUGAAGAGUUAAACCUCUAAAGAAGCAAAAAAUAAAGCCUAAGAAGAAGCCAUUUCAUAAGUUUAGCAUCAAUUUUGCUAGAGAAAUCUCUUCAAGCCAGAUAGCCAUUAAGAGAAACUCAUCUCUACAUAAGAACAAUGAAUUUAUCAAAAGAAACCACCACAACUUAUCGUCAUUUCCAUAUGGUAAAGCCUGGAGAACGCCAAAACUCACAACCGAAAACCACUCCACCCCAUCACCCUCUCCACCCCUACCCCUAACCUCCCAUCCUAAACCUUAACCUAUCUUUCUCUCUCACCUCCU